GUACCCAUGUCAGACACAUGAAUACUAGCCCGUGACAAUCCUAUUCUUUGGGUGAAGUUUGUGCACUUUGACAAAUAGAAAGACGAUGUAUGAUAAGUUGAUGCCAAGAAGAGAAGAACACAUCAAUUUGGUCUUGAUGUUAUUACUGAACUUCAGAAGCUGAGCAAGAUACAGUGAUACAGAUAUGUUCCUCGAUCAUGCUGCAAAAGUAACAGUUGUGAUAAUUAUCUUGUGAGAAAUCAGUCCCGAUCCUAUAAUGGUGCAAUUAAGUUUGUCCAUCCCAUUUUCAAGGAUUUUCAAUCCAUGCAGUUCAUUCUAAAUAGAAUCAUAUCCCAGUCUUUCGUUCCAGAUACUUUUUGGAUUGUAAAAACUCCUAGUCUGUUCUUUUGAUCAGAAGGAAAUUUUGUUGAUGAGCAGUCUUGCUGCAACAGCUUAUUAUGUGCUGGUUCAAAGUGGUCAGUCGUUGCAUUUCUGGUAAAUCCAGCUUCUUAGUUGUCCCCAGCAAAAUCAAGCUUGCAGUGGAAGCAAAACCCACAGUUGACCAUUUGCCUUUGUCAAAUAUAAUACAAUCAUAUGCAAGCUGCUACAUGCCUGCACAGAAUCAAACACUCUAUUACUUGGAGCAGGGGAUAAGCACAGCGAGGAAGCUCAUGACGGUGGUAAAGGACACAAACACCGAGAGGUGGAGGGCUGUGGCAUACAUUAAGUACAUGUACAUGCUUAUGACUUGGAUGGCUGCUGGGGUUCUUAGGCCUCUGAUGGAUUAUUUACCUUUCUCCCUUGGCCCUCCUGCUACUUCUAGGCCUUAUCUCCUUGAGGGACGUUUUGGCAUAGCACCACUUUCGUCAUCUUUUACUUCUUUUCCUUCAUCAGUACCUUCUUUGGAUAUGGUUCUGUAUGAGGGCUAUGAUGCAGUCCCGGUGCAAGCACUUGGUGGUGCUCUGUCACAGAUACUUUACCUACUAAAUGGGUUGUCAGCGACGUCAAGGAAGUACCAAUUUGCCCUGACCAUGGCUGAUAAAAUUGUUGAUGAGAACCUCAGGGACGGCCACGUGGAGCUCAUGCAGCUCAAUCGAAUGGCUCUCGCUUCAGCUUUCGCACGCACGUCAAACCUCUUAUAUGGCUCGAUCAAGAGCUGUAGCCAAGCUGAAGACAAUAGCUCAUGGACUACACGGCUUGUUGGUACAGUAUUUCCGCUUGGCUUGCGCAUAAUUAAAAGCCUGGGAACCAUUUUUCCUGUCUUGGGUGGUGGCGGCUCAAGCAUGAAGCAAGUGGAAUUGAUUGGCGGUUCAUGUGAAGGUCAGGUGUUGGCAGAGAAGCAUGCUCAAGAGCUACUGUGGCUGACUAAUAAGAUGAGGCUGUGUGGCAUCGUUGAUGAAGCUUUAGUUCAAUGGAGCUUAGCCUCGAAUUUGGCUUCAGUUGCACUCACAGCUAACCCUCGGGUUCAAGGCCUCAUCAUUAAAAUCUCUGCUAUAUUGUUUGCAGAAAUCAUCAGGUGCAACAUAGAUGUAGCAAGAGAAGUGAAGUUCAGGCUGCUAGCAAUAUGGAUACCAAUGUUUUGUUAUGCAGAAAAUGGGGUAUCAUAUCCUAUACUGACAGGUUACGAGAAAGCAGAAACAGAGAAAGUAAUGGACCAGUUGAUCUCUGGUAUGCCUGUAGCUGAUCAGCAUAUCAUCCUCACCAAUUGGCUUCAAGACUUCCUUAUUUCCACAUCGGACUGGCCUAAUCUUCAGUUAUCUUAUGAUCGCUGGUGUCACACUUCUCGCAAACUUGUGGCAUAAUCAUACACUACGCCAUUACCAACAUGUAUCCACUCGUAUUGAUAAUCUUUUCUUAAAAAGGGGAUAUGUUUCGCUUAUCUUUCAUGUAUAAUACGUGUAUGUACCAGUCGUAAUAACAUAAGGAAAUAAACAGCCGAUGAUGCUGUAAUAGCGUUGAUCUUGUGGUUUCGUGCAGAUUUUUUUUUUCUUUGUAAGGUCAGUUUCCUGCAUAUUUAGUUACUGCAACUAUGUGUUUUUCAUA